CUUCACGGCACAAAUAUUGGAUUGGGCAAAUUUUCUCAAGUUCCAAAUGAUUGGUUGUUAAUUUAUCGCGCUAAUUUUGUGAAUAAUAGAAAAUUUCUAAGGAUGUCCGCUUCGUUGUUUUUCGUGAACGCCGGAGAUUCGGUGGACGAAAAACCCGAAAAACAAUGCGUGGACGAAAAUUCUCAAACGCAGAGCGAGGCUCAACAGGCCCUAAACACAUUUUGGCCGAAGGUUUUGGAAGAAAUUCGCGCUAUAAGAAACAUGGACUUAAAACAACAAGUUCUGCCUUUGGCUCGAAUAAAAAAAAUCAUGAAAUUAGAUGAGGAUGUAAAAAUGAUAUCAGCCGAGGCCCCGUUAUUAUUUGCGAAAGCCGCAGAGAUUUUUAUACACGAGUUGACUUUACGAGCGUGGAUUCACACUGAAGAUAACAAACGCAGGACUUUGCAGAGAAACGACAUCGCAAUGGCGAUAACAAAAUACGAUCAGUUCGAUUUUCUUAUUGAUAUCGUUCCCAGGGAAGAUAUUAAGCCCGCCAAGGUCCGGGAGGAUGGACAGAGGCCCAGUAGCCAAAAUGAGGUUCAUUAUUACUUCCAAUUGGCCCAACAGCACCACGCUAAUUUGCAACAAAACAAUACGUCGCCUACAACGGCGGCAACCACAGCUACAAGUGUACCUCAAGGAGCUAUUCAGAUAGUCCAGCCACAGCAAGUUCAAACUGUGCAAGUUAACGCUAUUGAACAGACUCCUCCCAGUUCUUCUCCAACAAACACGACAGCGGCUCAGCCUGUUAUUUUACAGGCUGGACAAUCUAUCGCACAAAAUCAGCCCGGCAAUGUGCAAAUAAUUCAGCAAAUUUUGACGCCCAACGGGGAAUUACAACAAAUUCCGAUAAAUUUGACACCGCAACAAUUGCAAAUGAUUAAAAUGCAGCUUCAAGGAAAUACAUCACAACCUGUUAUCAUACAAACAUCUCCAAUAAAUGCUGGAGGACAACCACAAUUAAUUCAGGUUGCACAGCCUAAUACAGGCACUCAACAAGUAUUUUUGACACAAGCCAAUGGCAGCACAGAGAGUGAAUAAAAUAAUAAUUUAAUUACAUUACAAUAUCCAAAAUAAUAAUAUAUUAAUUUUAAGUUUUAUAAAAAUAAAGACAAUUUUCUUA